CACCAGGGUGUCUCACUGACCACACAGAGCUUGAAGAAGCCAUUAGCUUCCAGUCCGCUUCGUGUUUACCGCAGCUAGCUCCUGAUGGAAUAAUUUAUUAUUCUUUACGUGACUUUAAUGAGUUGAGAGCUUAGAUCAAACCGGUCCUGUUGUCGGUGUAGCUAUGGCUCAUCUGACUGAAAACCCCGCUGAUAAAGAAAGGUUCAUCUGCGUCUAUCCCAUCUACAUCAACAGCAAGAAGACGCUGGCGGAGGGACGCCGGAUCCCCACAGAGAAGGCGGUGGAGAACCCGUCCUGCGCAGAGAUCCGUGACGUUUUGACGGCUGCAGGGAUGAACGUCUACGUGGAGAACAAGAUGCAUCCCAGGGAGUGGAACCGGGACGUCCAGUUCAGAGGUCGGGUCAGAGUCCAGCUGAAGCAGACGGACGGCAGUCUGUGUCAGGACAAGUUCAGAUCCCGGAAGGACGUGAUGUUCUACGUCGCUGAGAUGAUCCCCAAACUAAAGACUCGAACCCAGAAGAGCGGAGGAAGUGACAGCAGCACCCAGCAGGGCGAGGGGGGCAAGAAGAGCAAGAAGAAGAAGAAAUGACCUCAACCUUUCUUCUUCUUGAGUUUGAAUCUGAGUCAGACUGAACUAAACCCUGAAACUCCA